CCCACAUCCACACGUGAUAUAAUACGAGAAAAUUGUCUGAUAGAAACCAUGCUCCACAUCGUAUCCAUAACUCAGCUGACCACUAAGCAGGUAUAAGAACGGGUUUCAGAAACAAAGUUAUUUUCAGUGGACUCGUUGACGGCCCACAUUAGAUCCAUUAUGACUCAGCCUUCUUUCGACGAGAAGCGCCAAACGAAAGACGGAACUCAAGAUGAGUUGUAUGAACUUGUUCAAAGAAACGCGGCUGUGGAUGUUUCGCAAUAUGUAGCUGACAUCGAGGAACGCACAACUUGGUUUGUCUGGCUUCUUGUGGCUUGUUGUACUAUAUCUGGGUUAUUGUUUGGUUAUGACACUGGUGUAAUCUCUGGUACUCUAGUCACCAUCAAAGGAGAUCUCGGGCCGACUCAGUUAUCAGAUGGACAGAAGGAAUUCAUCACGUCCGCUACCACGUUGGGUGCACUACUAGGAGGCCUUGCGGCGGGUGCUAUGUCAGACUGGACGGGCCGUCGACCCGUACUUGGCAUUGCAGACAUCAUCUUUGUCGGCGGAGCCCUCGGACAAGCAAUCUGCCAUACUGUCUGGAGUAUGAUCGGUUGCCGGUUCCUCAUUGGCAUCGGCGUGGGUCUUGCAUCAUGCAUCGCACCUCUGUAUAUACAGGAGCUCUCGCCUACACGCAUGCGUGGACGCAUGGUCGUUCUGAACGUUGUAAUGAUCACUUUUGGACAGGUUGUUGCUUAUGGGAUCGAUGCAGGCUUUGAGAAUGUGAGUGGUGGUUGGAGGUGGAUGGUUGGACUUGGUACAGUCCCAGCUGGCAUUCAAUUGAUAUGUUUGGCGUUCUUACCGGAGAGCCCAAGAAUACUUAUUCGGAGGGGCAAUAUCGAAGCCGCGCACAAAGUUUUAGAACGUGUCUACUCGCAAGCCACGGCUGAACAAAUCGAUUUACAGCUUCAAGUUCUCCGUGCAUCGGUACAGCAGAGUAUCGACAUCGCAAACUCCACAACCUUCUUCGAGCGCUUCAAGUCCAUGAUCACCGUUCCCAUAAAUCGUAGAGCACUGAUCAUCGGAUGCGGCAUGCAAGCGUUCCAACAACUCUGUGGAUUCAAUACACUCAUGUACUACUCUGCAUCACUCUUCCAGGAGAUAGGGUUCAACCAGCCGACAGCAGUUGGGCUGAUCGUCAGUGGGACAAAUUUCGUCUUCACACUCAUUGCGUUAAAAUACAUUGAUAUCGUGGGACGGCGAAGGAUCAUGGUGUUCUCUGCGCCGGGAAUGGUUUUUGGCCUCACCCUUGCCAGCAUCGCAUUCCAUUAUAUGACGCUACAUACAGGUGGUGAUUUGGUCACUGGCGCCACUUACUCUAGAACAUGGUCAGCGAUUGUCCUGCUCUCGAUGAUUAUCUUCGUCGCAUCGUAUGCAACGGGCUUGGGGAACGUCCCAUGGCAGCAAGGCGAGCUCUUCGGUCUCGAAGUUCGCGGUAUCGGCACAUCACUCUCGACCGCGACAAAUUGGGCUGGCAAUCUUCUUAUCGGCUCUACAUACCUUUCCCUCAUGGCGAAAAUUACUCCCGCUGGCGCAUUUGGGUUCUACGCAGGGCUGUGUCUGCUAGGAUGGCUAUUUUGCUUGUUCUGCUUUCCUGAGACUGCUGGGCUGAGCCUUGAGGAGGUCCAGAGCAUCUUCCGGGAUGGUUUUGGGAUCCGAGAAAGCCAGAGAAUGAGGAAUCAAAAGCGAGAGAUGAUGAUGCGGCAAAACAUCAAACCGGAACAGGUGCAUGCAUGAUGAGCACGCAGGGAAUACCAAUCUCAGAGCAUAUUAAGAAGUACAAGAUAACCUACAGAAGGAACGGCUAUAUUCCUUCUAUUUGGUCUGCCUGAGAGACUGAAGAUGACUGCUAAUACUAAAAGUGCGAUAGCGACAGAUAAAUGUAUGUAUCUUGCACACUUCAUCUGAACCCGACGUUGGCCGAAGUUGUGACCAUUUUUAUCUGCUGCAUCACAGCAAUGCGUGUCAUUCAACAAACGAGAGAAGCACUCGUGAUUCUGUCAUUGAUUAAGCUUUCGUCGCCGUCCAGAAAGCAGUUCUGUAAACGUAUCCCAGCAUAGACUGGGAAUUACGUGUAUAUGUCGUAUCUAUAGUUCGCUCAUUCUGAUA